AAGGCAGCUUCGUAUUAAAAAAAAGAUAUAUUUACUUCCCAUUUAGCUGCUAUUUGUAGGAGCAUUUUAAUGAAUAUAAAUUAAGCGCAAUAUGUAAAUUUGAAAGAGUGGGUGUGAAGUAAAUAAACUCACGCCAGAAGGCCAUAAAGGCAGACAUUUUUUUAUCAUCCUGGCUUUGAAUAAAUUACAAUAUUACAACAAAUAUGUAAUUUAAAUGAAUAGUAAAAAUCAGCUAACAGUACUGUUUUUAUACACAAAAAGCAGAAGCAAAUAAUUUCUUUUUCCAGUGUUUAAUAGUAAAUUGCAAUUGGCCAACCGAUGAGUUUGAAUGGAACUGGUCUACACGUGUCGAAUGGGUUUAAGUCAAGGUUUGUAAAAUUGUAAACAAAACAAAACACUGUUGCAUCGAUUGUUUACAUUUUACGAGAAAUCCAAACGAAUACAACAAAACAACAGUAAAACAAUAGACUAAAGCGACGGUAGCAAUAAAGUUGAAAAUAUACAAAUGAAAUGUAAGUGGAAGGAUAAAAAAAAGGAAUUAAUGGCAGUCGUCUUCAAAUGUUGUAAUAGAAAAGAAAAUUGAUUUGAAAUAUUCCGCUGGUUCUUAUCUGAAACGCUAGGCUUAGCUUUUCCAUCAAUCUUCAGUGUUUUUGGCAUCGUUUCUCCCGGUGAAAGGUGAUAAGCUUACAACGAGCCUAAAACACAUCGUCGCUUUUUUGCUCCCGUGAUUUGAGUGAAAAUGGACACGUUUGUGGAGAACUUUCACACCAAGAAGGACGUGGAACGAAUGGAGUACCUACCGUUAGGACGGACCGGAUUAAAGGUAUCGAAGGUUUCCUUUGGUACGGGCACAUUUAGUCAACUUUACGGUGAUCUCGAUGAAGCGAAAGCCGUGGAAGCGGUAGUGUAUGCGGUGAAGCGAGGGAUCAACUACUUCGACACUGCACCUUUUUACGGCCAGGGUCGUUCGGAGGAGGUGCUCGGAAAAGCGUUGCGGAAAAUACCACGGCAGGCAUACUAUGUCGCUACCAAAGUGGGACGCUAUGAGCGAGAUUACGAGCGUAUGUUUGAUUACAGUGCGGUAAAGACGCGCGAAAGUGUGGAAAGAAGCCUAAAGCUGCUCGGCGUAGAUUACAUCGAUGUGGUGCAAAUUCACGACGUGGAGUUCGCACCGAAUCUGGACAUUAUAGUGGAGGAGACUCUUCCCACACUGGAAGCGUUGCGUGUGGAAGGAAAGCUACGCUUUAUCGGCGUGUCCGCCUAUCCGCUGCAUGUGUUGAAGCAAAUCAUUGCAAAAGCACCUGAACGUUUCGAUACCGUUCUGUCCUACUGCCGUAACACACUUUUCGACGAUUCGCUGAAGGAAUACAUUCCGUUCUUCCAACAAAAUCAAUUGGGCAUUAUUUGCGCUUCCGGCCAUGGUAUGGGGUUACUUACGAACAGUGGCCCACAACCGUGGCAUCCAGCCGAUGGGCAAAUGAAAUUAGUUUGCCAGGAAGCAGCAAACCACUGUAAGCAGCAGAGCAUUGAGCUAGGUAAGUUGGCAAUGCAUCACUCAAUUCAACUGCCUGGCCCAGCAACGUUUCUAGCUGGGAUGCAGACAACGGAAUUAGUUAACAUCAAUCUGGACGCAUACUUCAAUGGCCUAUCGAAAAAGGAAGCUGAAGUGUUGGCGUAUCUAAAAGAAAGUGUAUUUUCCAAAACUAACAACACUCACUGGGAAGGGGUUGAGCUGGAGUCAUACUGGACAGCUAUGAAAGCGGCAAAAAUGGAAUUAAAUUCAUGAGCAAAGAUGUUAUCAAAGUUGGCUGUACAGCGAUUAAUUCGCAACGGGUGCGCAUUUUAAAUAAACGUCAAAUCGAACCACAUGGAACCUUCGAAACGUCA